AAAAAAAAGAAAAAAUUAGAUCGGAGCGAUCCGCCAAUGGGGAGACGUUUUUACAAUCUUGGAAACCAAACUCACUCCAAAACCACCAUUACACCAACGAAGAUUUUCUCUCUCUUCCCCUCGCCUUCUCUCUCUCUCUCUCUACGCGCUUCUUCCAAGUUUCUGAUCCGCAGGAGCCAAUUACCGGGCCAAUCCAACAAAUUCUCCAUUGAUUGAUACGAACUCCGAUUCGGAAUUCUUGAUCGAGUUUUGCCUGGGCGACGCAUUUGGAUUCAAGGCAAUCUCGGGAGGGAUUUUUAUCUCUUCUGUUUUUUUUAAUCUUUUUGUUUCUUGAUCUCAAUCUGAAAGUCAUUGUGUGUUUGGUAGAUGCGGGUUUAGAUUUCAUGGUGGUAUUUGUCCGCCAUGGAUGGUGGUAGGGAUGGUGGGGAAGCUGUGCUAGGGUUGCUGUUGUUGUCGUGUUGUCGUGGCCGACGAUGACUACCUGAAGGAAGCUGCAUAGAGGAUGAUGCAGCUUCACUUCUCGCCUAGCAUGAGAAGCAUCACGAUCUCGACCAAUAAUGGCUUUAUUGAUUUCAUGAAGAUCAAGGUUGCAGCUCGCCAUAUCUCUUACCGGACCAUUUUCCACACCUUCCUCCUCCUCGCAUUUCUCUUGCCUUUUGUCUUUAUCCUCACUGCCGUCGUUACCCUCGAAGGCGUCAAUAAGUGCUCCUCGUUUGAUUGUUUAGGCAGGCGGUUGGGACCACGGCUUCUUGGUAGGGUUGACGGUUCAGGGAGACUAGUCAGUGACUUUUACAAGGUCCUCAAUCAAGUUAAAACUGAAGAAAUACCCGAUGGACUAAAGCUGCCAGAUUCUUUCACUCAAUUAGUUUCAGAAAUGGAGGGUAACCAUUAUGAUGCAAGGACCUUUGCAUUGAUGUUAAAGGCAAUGAUGGAGAAAUUUGAAAAGGACAUUAGGGAAUCCAAGUUUGCAGAGUUGAUGCACAAGCACUUUGCGGCUAGUUCCAUUCCAAAAGGCAUCCACUGCCUGUCUCUCCGUUUAACCGAUGAAUAUUCGUCCAAUGCUCAUGCUCGCAAACAGUUGCCUCCUCCAGAGUUGCUUCCUUUACUCUCAGAUAACUCUUAUCACCACUUUAUUCUGUCAACCGACAACAUUUUGGCUGCUUCUGUUGUAGUCAAUUCUGCUGUGCAGUCUUCUCUCAGACCUGAAAAGAUAGUAUUUCAUGUCAUUACUGACAAGAAGACUUACUCUGGUAUGCACUCAUGGUUUGCACUAAAUUCUAUCGCACCUGCAAUUGUUGAAGUCAAAGGCGUGCAUCAGUUUGACUGGUUAACAAGAGAAAACAUCCCAGUGCUCGAAGCUGUAGAAAACCAGAAUGGGAUACGAAGUUACUACCAUGGGAACCAUAUUGUUGGUGCAAAUCUCAGUGAUACAACUCCACGGAUAUUUGCUUCGAAAUUGCAGGCUAGAAGUCCAAAAUACAUAUCCUUACUCAACCAUCUUCGCAUUUAUUUACCAGAGCUCUUCCCAAACCUUGACAAGGUGGUCUUCUUAGAUGAUGAUGUUGUGAUUCAGCGUGAUUUGUCUCCCCUGUGGGAUAUUGACCUUGAAGGAAAGGUAAAUGGAGCUGUGGAAACUUGCAAAGGUGAUGAUGAGUGGGUAAUGUCAAAGCGGUUCCGCAACUACUUUAAUUUUUCCCAUCCAAUUAUAGCAAAGCAUUUAAAUCCUGAUGAAUGUGCCUGGGCCUAUGGGAUGAACGUUUUUGACCUUCAUGCUUGGAGAAGGACAAAUAUAAGGGAAAUAUACCACUCAUGGUUGAGAAAGAAUUUGAGGUCAAAUCUGACAAUGUGGAAGCUGGGUACCCUACCCCCUGCUUUGAUUGCAUUUAGAGGUCAAGUUCAUCCAAUUGAUCCUUCAUGGCACAUGCUUGGCUUGGGUUAUCAGGAACGGACUAGUGUCGAGAACGUGAAGAAUGCCGCAGUUAUCCACUACAAUGGGCAGCUAAAACCGUGGUUGGAGAUCGGCUUCGAGCAUCUCCGUCCCUUCUGGACCAAGUAUGUCAACUACUCCAAUGAUUUUAUAAGAAACUGUCACAUCGUGGAAUCAUAGUUACUAACAGAGAGACAGCUAAAGGAACAGAACAGAUAAACCAAUUAGAAAACAAAAAAGUUUCAAAAUGAUAUGAACUGAACACAACAUUUUGAAAGCUCAGCAGAAGGCAAGGCAAUGAGAGCAAUAGAACUCGCCCCAAUCGGUGCGGCAUCGAUGAUGAUGGGCAUUCGUCCCGUACCGGAUUCAUUCUUUGAGUAUGUAGCAAUAGAAAUUCUUCCUUCCUUUUUAAAAAAAUUUUCGAUCUGCGAAAGGAUACUGUUAUUCAUCUUCCUGCAGGGGCACAGAGAGAGGAUAUAUAGGAAAGAAAAGAGUUUGAUUUGAUGCGUAUGCUGUCAUGCCAUUAGAGGUGCAUAGAAGAAGGUCUAGGACAGCAUUUUUGCCACCAGUUGCUUUAAAUUUUUGUUAGUACUUCUUCUGUUAUUCAUCUGAUACCAUAAUAUAGUGUCAUUUUUUAGAAUUAGGCUAUGGACAUUGGACAACAUUUGCUCCUACAGGUCCCCAUUGAAUUGGGUUUUUUUCUUUUUCUUUUUCUUUUUUAGGUUCAUAUCUCCUAUUCGUUUUGUAAUAUUCACGGUAUACAUUCCAGAAAAUGUGCAGAAAAUUCUUUUUCUCCAUUUAUUCAACUCUCAUUACCGAUCCCAUA